AUGUUCAACACAUCGCUGCGCCGAGUGGCGCGCAACUGUAGCCCUGGGUCUCCGAUACCCUCUCGCCCGAGUACACCUACGAUAGCGACCUUCUCAUCCAACUCGCAUCAGCGGCGGCAUUCGUCUUCCAAGCCUCCUACACCGCCGAACAAUGGCUCCCCACCUAUUCCAGCGGCUCAGGUGAAGCAGGUGGGUGCUCCACGAUCCGAGUCGAAAAGACCGGGUGCCGAGUCACGCCUAUCGAAGAAGAGGACUUCAAAGGACAAGUUGGAUGCAAAGCAAGAGGCUCAAGAAAACUGGACAUCAAAGUUGCCUGCUGUCCCUAGCUUGCAGCACUUGAAUCCCAAGGACGUCUACGUCGCCUCAUUCUUCUCCACCUACCGGCCUAUGUCCAUUACCGGUGCUGUUCCCACUGAAACCUCGCUCGAGGCGAUCGACAAGCUCUUCGCGCCGAAACCCAAGCGCUCACGCAACAACACUCAGGACGUCAUCUAUACGCUCGCGUCUGCGGUAGAAAGGCUCGACGAACACAUUGCGGAAAAACAACACGCUCAUCCCUCCCAGAGUCAGAGCGGCGAGCAGAAAGCGGCCUUGAUCAAAGCCCUCACACAGCGCAACGAAACGCCGAUCGACCCCAACAGGACGCACCACCUCGAUGGCGCACCCUCACAAACAAUCAACCUCAACGGGGGCAACGUCAAACUCGUGAUUCAAGAAAUCCAGCGGCGGUUCCGACCCUUCAACGUCCCUCCCGUUCCUCAACCGAUAGGUGAUGCCGAAAUUGACGCCGCAGAAGCCAAGGCGGCGGAGGUCGAGAAGCAAGAGGAAAUGCAGGCCAAAGCACUGGAAGUGGAGAUCGAGCAGCAGGAAUACGACCACGACCCCUACAUCCAGCAGGUUGUCAUCAACGUGCCCCGCGACGCGGAUCUGCAGAACGGCAGGUUCUUCACUAGCGGAACGACAAUGAUGGAGAUUCAGAACCCCGAGGCUGGCGAGGCUGUGCCAGAAAUGGAACCUAGGCGAAGCAGAAUCGGACGAAGACGGAAGACGGGGGAUAUCUCUCCUGGUCGGAGAAUACAGCAAGGCACAAUGUACGCCAUAAGUGUCAAGAGGCAACGGCGGCUGAAGAUGAAGAAGCACAAGUACAAGAAGUUGAUGCGCAAGACGAGGAAUCUGAGGAGGAAGCUCGGGCAGAUAUAA